AUGUACAACAACGCCACGCCCACCCUGCGCCCCUACCACGGCUCCUGCCACUGCGGUGACGUCCGCUACAUCGUCUUCCUCACCCUCCCCCACACCGUCCCCGAUACCUCGGUCCCCCCGCCGCCGGGGAAAUCGUACCAGCGCUUCUACCGCUGCAACUGCACCCCCUGCCACAAAGGCGGCCAGUUCCACACGCGCCUCGCUGACGCCCCCGGCGACUUCAUCCUGCUCUCCCCCACCGACGGGCCCUUCAACGGCAGCAUGGGCCUCUACACCCACAACGACGGGCAGAAACACUUGCCAUUCUGCAAGAGGUGUGCGAUGCGAUGCUUCAGCUUCGAGGGAGACGGGGAGACGGUGGAGGUGGAUCUCGGCGCGCUGGGCAUCACGGAUAGGAAAACGGGGGAGAAGAUGGGGAGGCAGAUGGUGUGGAGACCCAAGAGAGAGGGGUGGAAUGAGGGACCGGAUGGGGAGAGCUAUCUGAGCGUGAAUGGGUUUACCAUUGACGCCGAUCAGGGACUUGAGCUGGCCGAGCUGACUGAUGCAAAGGUCGUCGAGUAUAACGACAUGUUGGGCUAUCCCGAACAGCCUGAAGGACCGCCGAGGUGGGAUAGGCCAUACCACGGAGGGGCUUACUAG